GGUAACUUUAAAGCGGAUGUACAAUAUUUUAUUGUACAUCCGUUUUUUUAAAUGUUUGUCAUAAAUCUCGCCCAAAAUUCACAAAUGGCUUAUAAAAUUAUAAUUGUUAUUUCUUGAAAAUAUUUUCUCUCAUGCUUAAUAUUGUGAAUAAUACUCGAAGUAAUCGCACGAGUAUUAGUUUUUGGUUUCCCGCCUUUUUCCCAAAAAUCCCCAUCAUAUCCAUAUGAACCAAAGUACGUUCAACAAAGCACUUCUCAAGAACUCCCAAAGUCCUGCAUUAGCAUGGCAGAUCUUCAAUCGCAUCAUCUCCAAUCCUUCAUCUUCAUCUUCUUCUUCAUCUUUCUCUCCCCUAAAUUCUUUACCUAUAAUUGCCCAGAUUCUUAUUCGCGCCAAAAUGUACUCUCAAAUUGACACUCUUCAUCAACACCUUCUUCUUCACAAAGAAUCAGCAAUUCCUCCUCUGUUUUCCCUUGUUCGUAUUCUAGCCAAAUCCGGCCUUGUUGACGAGGCAAUUUCACAAUUUCAAUCUACCCGGAAAGAAUUCCCUGAUAAUCCUCCACCAAUUUAUGUCUACAAUGUGCUUCUUGAGUCGUCGGUUCGAGAUAAUAAGGAUAAUUGGAUUCUAUUGCUGUAUAAAGACAUGUUCGUUUCUGGGGUUUCGCCUGAAGUUUACACUUUCAAUCUUCUGAUCAGGGGUUUGUGUGAUUCGGGUCAUUUGGAGGAUGCACGCAAGGUGCUCGACAAAAUGUCUGAGAGAGGUUGUAAGCCGAAUGAGUUUAGUUUUGGGAUUUUAAUUCGUGGGUAUUGUAGGACCGGGCUUGCGACGGAAGGGUUGGUGAUAUUGGAUGAAAUGAGACGAUAUGGUUUGGUUCCUAACAAGGUUGUUUAUAAUACUUUGAUUUCUAGCUUUUGUAAAGAGGGUAAGGAUGUUGAGGCUGAGAAGUUGGUGGAAAUGAUGAGUAAAGAUUGUCUGGUUCCGGAUGUUGUCACUUUCAAUUCUAGGAUUGCAUCUCUGUGUAAGGCAGGGAAGAUGCUAGAAGCUUCUAGAAUAUUCAGGGAUAUGCAGAUAGACAAUGCACUUGGUUUACCUAGACCCAAUAUUGUUACCUUCAACCAAAUGCUCGAGGGGUUUUGCAGGACAGGGAUGCUCGAGGAAGCUGAGAAUUUGGUUGAUACGAUGAAGAAAAGUGAUUGUUUGAUGUCGUUGGAGAGUUAUAAUAUAUGGUUGAUGGGUUUGGUGAAGAAGGGGAAGCUUUUAGAAGCACAAAUAGUUCUUAAGGAGACGUUAGAAAAGGGAAACGAGCCUGAUAUUUACUCAUAUAACAUUGUAAUUGAUGGGUUGUGCAAGAAUAAUAUGUUAUCUGAUGCAAAAAAGAUGAUUAAUUUGAUGAAAAAUUGCGGUAUACAGCCUGACACAAUAACUUAUAGCUCUUUGCUUCAUGGAUACUGUAAGAGAGGGAUUGUAGCUGCAGCAAAUACUACUUUGAAUGAAAUGAUGAAUGCUGGAUGUUUUCCAAAUAUAUAUUCCUGCAAUAUUUUGCUUCACAGUCUGUGGAAUGAAGGAAAAACUUCAGAAGCAGAGAGCUUGCUGCAAAAGAUGAAUGAGAAAGGCUACGACUUGGAUACUGUAACGUGUAAUAUAGUGAUACGGGGUCUCUGCAGAAGUGGAAAGCUGGAUAACGCUAUUGAAAUUGUUGAUGGAAUGUGGAACCGUGGAAAGGCCGCUCUUGGUGAUCUAGGAAACAAGUACAUCAGCUUACUGAAUGCUGGUAGUGAUGAGAAGAAAUGCUGCCCUGACAUAAUAACAUAUUCAAUGAUAAUUAAGGAGUUAUGUGAAGCUGGAAGGCUUGAAGAUGCUAAAAAUAAGUUGAUUGAGAUGGUAGGUAAAAAUCUAUACCCUGAUUCGAUUAUAUACAAUACUUUUAUACGUAGUUACUGUAAAGUUGGGAAGAUGUCAUCUGCAUUUCGGGUUCUCAAGGACAUGGAGAAAAGGGGGCUGGACAAGAAUCUGCAAACUUAUAAUUCUUUGAUUAUGGGCUUGGGGUUAAAGAAUCAAAUCUUUGAAAUGUAUGGACUUCUCAAUGAAAUGAGAGAACGAGGGAUCGCUCCAAGUGUAUUCACCUAUAAUUCUAUAAUUGGUUGUCUCUGUGACGUUGGUCAAACCAACAAUGCCAUGUCUCUUUUGAAUGAGAUGUUACAGAACAGAGUGGCACCUAACAUUAAUUCUUUCGGAGUGCUAAUUAAAGCCUUUUGCAGAGAGGGUGAAUUUAGAGCUGCACAAGAGGUCUUUGAAAUUGCACUCAGUACAUGUGGACAUAAGGAAGCACUCUACAGCGCUAUGUUCAAUGAGUUACUUCUUGGAGGAGAGAUUAUGGAAGCUUGCGAAUUAUUUGAAAUUGCAUUAGAUCUGUGCCUUUAUAUAGGAAACUUCAAUUACAACGAUCUGCUCGACCAACUCUGCAAGAAUGAAAAGCUGGGUGAUGCUACGAAUACUCUCAUCAAAUUGAUUGAUAAAGAAUACAUAUUCGAUCAUGCAUCAUUCAUGCCAGUGAUUGAUGCCUUACGUAAACUAGGGAAGAAACAUGAAGCAGAUGAACUUGCAGAGAGGAUGAUGAUCAUGUCAGAGCAGGGAGAGAUUACUAAUAAAGUUUGUCAGAACAAUUAUGUAAAGCUCAAGAAGAUAGGAGAAGGCAAAUGGAGGAAUAUAGUGCACAGAGAGGAUGGCAGCGGAUUAGCACUACAAGCUCUUAAACGGGUACAAAAAGGAUGGGGUCAAGGAAGUGUAUAAAUUUGCCAUCCUUGAAAAUAGGAGCAAUUGAUUAUUGGGAAGGUGUAGGUUGAUUAUUUCAAGGGGGACGUAUAUUUUGGUUCAACAAGUUAUAGUGCUACAAGGACCUUCAAUUUUUCUCUCUCAUAUUUGGUUUUUAUGGCAGAGAAGAACUUCAUUUAUCUGAAUUAGUAAUCCAAAAAGCAGGGAUGUCAGUCCAUAAAAGCACCGUGUCUGGAUUUUCUUGAGGCAGAUGCUAGAAAAAACUCAGAACAUCAACAAAUUUAGUUCUUGAGAUUAUUACACAUGUUAAAUAAUUAUGGCACAUCAAAAAAAUACAUUUAUUGAAUUGGUGGACAAUUUUUAGGAGAGCUAGGGGUGCUCCCCAUAGAUAUCUAUUCGAUUCGAUUGUGUCCACCCCUUUAAUUGGUUAAAUUAACCAAUCAGCACCUCUAAAAACCAAUCCUUUUUUGACACAUGAUAGAAUA